UUCAUUAAUCUUCCUCAAAAGAUGCUGAAAGGGACCGACGUCGGACAUCUCUUUUGCUUAUCAUCUUGUUGUUAAAGCAUAUCGGUCGAAGCAUGAGGUGGAAACGAAUAGUACCCCCCUCAACGCAGCGUACAGAGCAAGUGCCGACAGUAGUCGGUACCCGCCGGUAAGCAUGAUUUGGUGCUGGGGUCGUUUGUGUUGGUGCCCACAGUAUACGACCGCGCGGCUCUAUCUCGGCGGGCACGGACUUGCGGUGCAGCGGCCUCACUCGUCGCCACAGUAUCAAAUCCCGUGCCGAACAGGAUCGGUUGCUUAAUCGGACAGUGCCAAGAUCACUCCACAGACUGCAACUGCCAUUCCAGAAGGUAAACGAGUCGUGUGUCGAGUCGGAACACGCAUCCGAGUACAUUAACCGACACAGUUAUCAUUGCCAACACGGUACAUAAUUAAAGCAAAUUCUUGAGACGCGUGGCAACAAUAAUGGCGCGGAGCAGUACCAUUAAACAUGAAACGCUGAUACCCUUCGUCGUUACGACGAUACUGUAUUUCGUACUGAUCGAGCACACGGAACGCGGCACCACGCCAUCAACGGUGCUGAAAUGCAUGCCAAUCUUGAGCCUGCUGUUCUUCGGUGCAUUAGCCGAUCUGCAGCCGAAACAAGCGCGACGUUACAAGCGAAUGAUUCUACUGGGAUUGUUCAGCUCGUCCUGGGGCGACUUGCUGCUAAAUUACGACCUUUUUGAGGCCGGCAUGGGAGCAUUCGGUGUGGCACAAAUAUUCUACGUCUCCGCUUUCGGUUUCCAGCCACUGCGACCAGGAGUUGGCGUAGCGCUAUACGCUGGCGGUGUGCUAGCCACUUCCUUCUUUUUUGCCAACCUGAACUCAGUGAUCAAAGUAUGUCUUCCAAUUUACGCUGUCCUGUUGCUGACGAUGUGCUGGAGAGCGCUGGCUAGGGUUCAAACGCCAAAUAAUAAGCUACAGGUGUUGUGUGGAGUCUGCAGCGUGCUAUUUGUUAUAUCCGACGGCAUAAUCGCGUUUGACAAAUUCUUUACUCCCAUUCAUGCUGCCCAGACCUACAUCAUGCUCACUUACUAUGCUGCUCAGCUCGGGAUCACGCUAAGCUUAACCGAUGGAACCAUCGGUACCUCGAAGAACAUCAAAGCGAAAGCGCCAUAGGCACGGUUGUGAUGACAGUGGAGAACGUUGUCCACAAUACCCCCUGUAGUCAAUGCAUUGAAUACAAAAUCUGUGAUUCUGCAUCUUCCCGCUAUUCGAAACGACACUCUCUAUUAGAGAUUGAUUGUUUUUGUAUUUUUUUUCUUUAUUGAAAUGCAAAUAAAUAGACUGCGUAGGCAAUAUAUGUUGACCUGCAUUUUGC